AUGGACUACGACCGCUGGGACGCCGUGCUGCACUACCUCUUUCGCCAGACCCAGGGCGACGCAUGGUUCCGCCCCGACGAGCAACACAUCUCUUCCGGUGUCGCACUCCGAAUCUCCCCCGGAAACCCAACCAACAGCGAACCCCCAGAAUUCAGGAUAUUCCCAUAUGAAAGGGCAGAACUCGAGCCUUUCGAGCAGGCAGUAGUGGGAUUGAACCCGGAAGUAGCAGUCAAGCUCAGGAAUGCAGCUGUUCAUGCUGCUUUGGCGGAGACGCCGCCAGAAGACACGAGCAUCUAUGUCGACUCGAAUACAAGAAUUCAGAUUCUGGAUACUAUGCUGCAUUUGCCGAAUGCGGAUAAGGAACAGUGCGCGGCCUUCAUCCGCGAUGAACGCGUCUUGGUGGUAUGGUCGCACUCCCUCGAUGCCAUCAUCCCAACGUGCCAUGAUUUCGAAGAACGACUUAUCAAGCUGCUAUGGCGCUCGCGCCCACCUGUUCCUCCUUCGACCUCGGGAUCAGUCGCAGGGAGUGUCUCGGGACAUUCGCUCACCGCAUCAAACAGAAAAACGAGAUCAGGCAGCUCGUACCAGCAUGAUAGCGUUGACUCGGAGAAAGAGAAACUCGGGCUGGGGAUCGGUGGGAUCAGUGGAGGUAUGGGCGGUAUUGGGGACGCAGGACGAAGCAAGGAUGCCUUGGCGCCCGAGCAUACGGGGGGAAAGCGAGGGAAGAUGAAGAGGACGUGGUAUGGCAAGAAGGUGUACGUGCGUGAUGAGGACGACGAGGACGAUGUGGAACGGGGAGCACCGGAGAAGAGGCCUGCGAUGUUAUAUGCCCCGGUGUAUAAUGGUAUCGCUGCUGCCAUGGCGUUUUUGUUCAUCGGGAACGGUCUCAAGAUACUGUUGCAAGAAUGGACCAUGGACGGGGCUUUCUUACGCUUUGCCCUUUGUAUAACGCUGCCACUACUUUAUUGCGUCUCCUUGUUCUUUGCCCUCUCGUUGAUCCAAAACAUUAGCAAUGCCGUGGGCCCCGUCGCACACUUCCACGAAAACUCCAAGUACUACUCCGCAGUGAAGCCCCGAGCGAACAAGGCCGUUGAUAAUGACCUCCCACACAUGACGAUCCAGAUGCCGGUGUACAAAGAGAGCUUGGAGUCCGUCUUGACUCCCUCGAUAUUGUCCCUCAAGAAGGCUAUGCAGACGUAUGCCCGCCAGGGCGGGACUUCGACUAUUUUUGUGAACGACGAUGGAUUACGAGUUCUACCUGAAGCAGACCGUGACGAACGAAUCGCCUUCUACGCCAACCACGGUAUCGGCUGGGUUGCCCGCCCGCGACAUGAUGACUCGCCUGAUGGGUUCAAGCGCGCCGGACGCUUCAAGAAGGCCUCGAAUAUGAACUACGGCCUAGCGCUUUCGUUGAAGGCAGAGAAGUACUUGGAGGGGUUGUUGGAGAUCGAACAGCAGAAGGCGCAGGAGAACGAGAGGAGCAAGAGGAGUUCCACUAUGUCUGCGGGCAAUCCGCCCUCCAACGCCCAUGCCUCGACUAUGACGGCUACUACGAAUCACAGAACGAGCUCGGGGAGCGGUGCUCCCGUCGGUACUGGUCCUGGUGGCGAAGCGCAGUAUGGGAUGCAGUAUCAGCAUCGGGAGGGGGAUGACAACAACAAUGUGGCUGAUUCGGUGGACUUGGAGGAGAAGGCACUGGGGAUGGCAAUCGAAGAGGAGUUUGAGAGUACCGGUGGGAGAUUUAGACCCUGGGCGGCGAAUGGGAAGGCAUGUCGGCUUGGAGAGAUCGUCUUGAUUGUAGAUUCGGACACGGUGGUGCCAGAGGACUGUCUGAGAGAUGCCGCUAGGGAAAUGCGAGAAUGCCCUACUGUAGCGAUCAUUCAACAUGAGUCGGAUGUUAUGCAAGUCGCCCACCAUUACUUCGAGAACGGAAUUGCGUACUUUACUCGGCGUGUCAAUCGAUGUAUCUCUAUGGCUUGUGCCAACGGCGAAGUCGCUCCUUUCAUGGGUCACAAUGCGUUCCUGCGCUGGAAAGCCAUUCAAGAUGCCGCCUUCAUCGAUCCUGAAGACGGCAAAGAAAAGAUCUGGUCCGAAUCAAACGUCUCGGAAGAUUUCGACAUGGCGCUGCGGUUGUUGCAGAAAGGGUACGUCAUCCGGUGGGCGACGUACUCGAAGGGCGGCUUCAAAGAGGGUGUGUCCCUCACCAUCGACGAUGAAAUGAACAGGUGGCAAAAAUACGCAUAUGGAUGUAACGAGUUGUUGUUCAACCCCUUCGUCCAGUGGUGGAGGAAAGGGCCCAUUGCCAAGCAAAUUCAUCGGUUCAUAUGGUCUAGCGCCCCGUUGCAUUACAAGAUCUCGACGUUGGCAUACAUGUUCUCAUACUACGGUAUAGCUGGCACGGUCACUAUCGGCAUCAUCAACUACGCGUUCCUAGGAUUCCAGUUCCCCGUUGAUGGAUUCUACAUGGCGUCGUUUGAGAUCUUCCUCGCCACCACGGUCGUUUUCUACGGUUCAGGCAACUUUGGGUACACGCUCCUGGAGUACCGAUUGGGGCAUAAGCCGUUGGUCUGGGGAUUCGUGGAGAACAUCAUGUGGAUUCCGUAUUUCUUCUUCUUGUUCGGCGGCAUGGCGAUCCCUGUGAGCCAGGCCCUCCUCGCCCAUCUGUUCUCGUACAACAUUACGUGGUCGGCAACGAUCAAGGAAGUAGAACGCUCGAACUUCUUCAAGGAGGUGCCGAAGAUUGCGAAACGGUUCUGGUUCUCAAUGGUGGUUUCCAUCGCUAUCAUAGUAGCUAUGAUCAUAUGCAGCACGUCGCUGGUGCCGUACCAAUGGCGCGUCGAUGGAUCGAGUUGGGCGGUCAUCUUACCCCUUGCUAUAUCGACUGCCAGUCACAUUCUACAACCGAUCGUCCUCAACCCCUGGCUUAUGAUUUUCAGUUACUAA